AACAACAUUAAACAUCUGUUUUUAUCUGCACAUUAGUUAUUUAAUCGAGUAAAAUAUUUAAAAUGAAUAACCUUAUAAUUUGUUCCCUAAGGCAAGGUCUGUUAAAACGCAAUUGUCUACAAAUUCUGCGCUAUAAUAUACCAAGCCUUGCUGUCAAAGUACCGGCGCCCAUCAAACAAUUCUCCACUGUAUUGCGGGCAAAGCCUUUUGAGAUAAACACCAAUGUACCAAAGGAUGUGAUCCUGUUUAAAUACGAAAAUCCAAAAUUUUAUAAUAUGCUUAAUUUCUUUGGUGUGUGUCAAUUUGUUUUCUGGACAUAUUUAUCACAUUUUGCCUUUACCACACUAAAAGAUGCACCUGUAGUGGAAAAGGAAGGUGAAGAGCUUAAGUGGUUCCAGCGGAUAAACUUGGGAGAAAACAAAUAUAAAAAUGGCAUAACGAUAUGCAGCUUUUUAAUAGGUUAUGGAAUUCUAUUUGCCGUAUGGAUGUUCACAUUACGGUCAGUACGCUUUCUUAUUUUGAGGAAAGGUGGGCGUGAUGUGUCCUUUGUGACUUACGGGCCAUUUAAUCGCAAUCGAAUUAUGACCGUUCCUCUCAAAUGCAUCUCAGCCGAAGAGUCUCGUCAAUUGGCCCGCGUGCAACUGCCAAUCAAGGUUCGCGAUAAGACUCUCUACUAUAUCUUAGAUAUGCGUGGCGAAUUUCGAAAUCCACAAUUGUUUGACUAUACUGCUGGAUUAAAGCGACGCAUUUAAGUUAGUAUUUUAUUUUUGUAAAUAUAUUUAUUAACCUAUUGUGUGAAAAUCUUGGUGAUUGAAUUUAAUAGAUGGGCUCAGGUUUCUGCGUGAGCAAAAGGCCAAAACGCUUCUUGAUGGUAAUUCGUUGACGCGAGUACUUAUCCUCAGGCGAGAAACGAGCUGGAUGCGCAGAUAAAGUCGGUCGGCCGUCCUCAGUGCGUUUCUAAAUAAAAACAAACGAGUUUCAAUCAUAUAAAACUCUAAAUACACUAAAAAAUAUGUGAACCUACCUUCAGCGUGUAAACGCGAUCGCCGUUUUCGUUAAUUGUAUACAUUAGAUACAUUUUAAGUAGUUUUUAAUAAAAUUUCAGAAGUAAAUAGAAACACGUGCAGACGCUACAGCUGAGAUGUAGAGAUGGGAAAA